AACAACCUAAGAAGGAAUUAGGGUUUCAUCACCAUAUAUUCAUUGCGGGCCUGGGUAGUGCGAUUCGCACUCGUCCAUCUAUCCUGCUCUAUUAGCGUCUAUAUCAGGCGAACAAGAUAAAUCGAUGCUGUUCAACCGAAGUGAUGCACUCGGUUACUCAUCAAAGGCAGGUGCGCUAGGAUCCAGAGUUUCUGGGGCUGGUUCCGCCAUCGGCAUCGGUGCAGCGUAUGGGUCACCUACAUCAUCUCACUUGAAUGCACACGGAUCUUGGGCUGGUCUCAACGUCGGUGCCUCUGAUAUCGACCCCCUUACGGGUAGCUUCAAAAGACCUUCUGACAUGCUAUAUCAUCAGAGUCUGGCUGCCCAUAACACGAUUGGCCAUGAUGAAGCUUGGUAUUCUACAAAUUCUUUAACCAAGCGCCCUAGGUUCUUGAGCUCAAGCAAUUUGCCUAUUUAUCCUCAAAGGCCUGGAGAGAAGGAUUGUGCUUUUUAUAUGCAAACCAGAACUUGUAAGUUUGGAGAUAGCUGCAAAUUUGAUCAUCCUAUUUGGGUUCCAGAUGGUGGAAUCCCAGAUUGGAAAGAGGUUCCACCAAUAACUGAAUCUCUUCCCGAGAGACCAGGGGAGCCAGAUUGUCCAUACUUUCUGAAGACCCAGAGAUGCAAGUUCGGCUUUAGGUGCAAAUUUAACCAUCCAAAUACAUCAGCAAUUUCGGUUCUUCCAGAGAGCAAUGCUGUUUAUUCCUUACCUGAAAGGCCAUCAGAGCCUCCGUGUGCAUUCUAUAUGAAGACUGGAAAGUGUAAAUUUGGUGCGACCUGCAAAUUCCAUCACCCAAAAGAUGUCCAGAUACCAUUUUAUGUAGAAAUGGACGGGGUUAAUGAUGUACCUGCGGGGUCGCUUCUCUCCCCAGCAUUGCUUCAUAAUUCCAAAGGCCUUCCUGUUAGAAUGGGUGAAGUUGAUUGUCCAUUCUACCUAAAAACUGGCAGUUGCAAAUAUGGUGCUACUUGCCGGUACAACCAUCCCGACAGAGCUAUCAGUCAUUCUGCAAUAAGUCCUGCUUUUACAGCUUCUCAUGCGGCACAUUUCAACCUUGGAGUUGUUAAUCCAGCUGCCUCUAUUCUGCAAACAAUUGAUCCCAGGCUGACACAAACAAUGCUUGGACUCACUCCCACCACCAUCUAUCCCCAGCGGCCUGGACAGUUAGAAUGUGAUUUCUACAUGAAAACAGGGGUGUGCAAGUUUGGAGAAAGAUGCAGGUUCAAUCAUCCCAUGGACCGAACAGCUCCUACAAUUCAAGAUGCAAUUCAACAAAAUGUCAAGAUCACGCCUGCAGGCUUGCCUAGACGAGAGGGUUCGAUUCACUGCCCUUAUUAUAUGAAAACCGGUACAUGCAAAUAUGGUGUGACAUGCAAAUUUGACCAUCCCCCACCUGGAGAACUUGUCACAAUGGCUACAAGUUCACAAGAAGCUUUGGCAUCAGAAGAUCCUUGAAUUUCAUGGUUUUAAUAUAUUUUUUAAAAUUCUUAAUUCGUGUGUGUGUGUGCUCAUUCCACAUAAGGAAUUCAAAUUCUAAGAUGUGUGGAAACAUGUCUUGUUGUAUCCUGGAAUUUUGCUUUAGAUUCAUUCCACAGGGCCAUAAAAUUGGUUUCUUUAGCCUUGAAGUAUGUUUGUGUUCGAUGUUG